CCACAGGGUUUAGGGGUGGAGACGGAGGGGCGCGGAGAAGGCUGGCUGCUUCCGCUUGAGUCCGUCCGACUUCGGCAGCCUGCCUGGCCUGGCUUGGAACCCGUGGGUCAGGCAAGCUGAUCCGUGUUGUGAGGCGUCCUGGGCCACCCGCCUCCAACCGGUGCCCUUCAGGGACGUGCCCUGUACCUACCCCGCCGCCCUCCAGCGUGGUCCCGAGAGCCAGUGAAAGACUUGGAGGCCCCGAGUGCAUUGCAACUAAAGGUGGCUGCGUGAUGUAUAUCAAGGCGCGGAUGGAUAAUUCACCAGUAUUUAUAAUGCCCGAUAUUUCUCAGCCACUGGUGUUUAGACAAACCUCAGUAAAAUGACUCUUCAGGCGCUGGUGCACCGUGCGGCCUCCAUGCACUUGAACAGAACAGCUGUGUGCUUUGACGAAGGCAGCAGCAGCCGGCCCCCAGUGUGUCAUACCUACAAGACAGUGCUGAGCGAGGCUUCCGAAUUAUGUGAUUUCCUGCUGACACACUGUGACUUUGGAGGAAUUCGGGAAAUUGGUCUCUACUGCCAACCUGGGAUAAGCGUACCCUCCUGGAUUUUAGGGAUUCUUCAGGUCCCGGCUGCUUAUGCACCUGUGGAUCCAGACUCACCACCGUCAUUAUCAGCUCACUUUAUGAAGAAAUGUCAUCUGAAGUAUGUUCUCGUUGAAAAAAAGCAGGUUAACAAUUUCAGAUCUUCACAUGAAGCAGUUUUGAACUAUGAUACAGUUUCAGUGGAACAUAAGGACCUGGUGCUCUUCAGACUUCACUGGGGAAGCGAUGAGGUGUCGGCGCUCAGUGAUGGAAAAGAGAAAUUCGAGGUGGAUGAUAGAGAAACCAGCAUGAGUUCUGAGAGCAGCAUUGAAGGGAAGGCACAGGUGGACAUUCGGCAGGAGGGUUGCUUGGCUUAUGUUCUACACACCUCGGGGACCACAGGGACACCAAAGAUUGUCAGAGUGCCUCACGCAUGCAUACUACCAAAUGUCCAGCACUUUCGGGUGCUUUUUGACAUCACCCAAGAAGACGUUUUGUUUCUGGCUUCGCCUCUGACCUUCGAUCCAUCUGUUGUGGAAAUAUUUGUUUCUCUGUCCAGUGGAGCCUGUCUGCUCAUCGUGCCAACUUCUGUCAGAGUGUUCCCAGCCAAGUUAGCUGAUGUUCUCUUUUCCCGCCACAGAGUGACCACUCUACAGGCAACACCAACAUUGCUGAGAAGAUUUGGAUGUGAGCUCAUCAAGUCUACUGUCCUGUCAGCGCAUACUUCUCUGAGAGUGCUGGCCCUCGGUGGGGAAGCCUUCCCCUCACUGGCUGUUCUCAGAAGCUGGAGAGGCGAAGGCAAUAAGACACAAAUAUUUAACAUUUAUGGUAUCACAGAGGUGUCCAGUUGGGCGACUUUCUACAGGAUCCCCGAGGAGGUCCUUAAUUCUCCUGUGAAACACGAAUCUCCCGUGCAGCUGGGGUCACCACUCCUCGAAACGGUGGUCGAAGUCAGGGACACAAACGGCUCCCCAGUUCAUGAGGGCACCGGCCAGGUAUUUUUAGGUGGGGAGAAUAGAGUGUGUUUCCUGGAUGGUGAAACGGCAGUGCCUCCUGGUACCAUGCGGGCCACAGGAGACUUUGUGACUGUGAAAGAUGGAGAGAUGUUUUUCUUGGGAAGAAAGGACAGCCAGAUCAAGCGCCACGGCAAACGUCUUAACAUUGAGCUUGUACGACAGGUGGCUGAAGAACUUCACCAGGUGGAAUCCUGUGCAGUUACGUGGUAUAAUCAGGAAAAGUUGAUUCUCUUCGUCGUAACCAAAGUUGAUUUGGUAAAGGAUAGCAUCUUUAAAGAACUGCGGAAACGCCUUCCAACUCAUGCUUUCCCUGAUGACAUGGUGUUGAUUGAUGCUCUGCCAGUCACGUGCCAUGGAAAAAUUGAUGUUUCUGAAUUAAACAAGAUAUAUUUAGACUACAUAAACUCGGAGCCUAGGAAUAAGAUCCAUGGAAAAGAGGAACUUUGGGAAAAAUUACAGUACUUAUGGAAGUCUAUUCUGAGUCUCCCUGGGGAUCCUGAGGAUGCUUGGAAGGUUCCCGAGGACUCAGUCUUCUUAGAUAGCGGUGGCGAUUCCCUCAAGUCCACGUGGCUCCUCAAUGAGAUUGAAAAACUUACUGGCACAUCUAUGCCUGGGCUCCUGGAGCUUAUUCUCAGCAGAUCUAUCUUAGAGGUGUACAACCACAUCGUUCAGACCGUGUUUGCACAGGAGGACCUGAAAGUCGGCAAGGGCUGUGCCAUGAAAAGGAAACCCAGUGACACGGACCCAGAGGAAGCCCGUGGCAAACCUGCACAGCCGGCCUUGCCCUUUGCCCACGACAGCCAGGCAAACGCUCUGAUUGCUCUCAGCAGAGGAAGUCAGCUCCUAUCUCUGGGCACUCAGGGGCAUUUAACUAAUUUAGGACAUUGCCCGUCAGUCUGUCCUCCUGAUUUCAUCUCACAGACUGGCACUCAAGCACCAAAAGACUUAAGUCCUCCAGUUCCUGAAGAGAAGUUGAAAAAGCCAUCAGUUUCUCAGGAGGGGAAACCUGCGGCAGGGGCUGAGACCGUGUUGCGAGAGAGGUGGCGGUCAGACACGGGCAAAUGCGUAGAUGCGUCCCCUCUGCUGGUGAUAGCAGCUGCCGAUCCAUCAUCCACAACCGUGUACAUCGGCUCCCACUCCCACAGAGUGAAAGCGGUCGACCUUUACUCUGGGAAGACGAGGUGGGAACAGCUCCUGGGAGAUCGAAUUGAAUCCUCGGCAUGCGUGUCCAAGUGUGGAAACUUUAUUGUAGUGGGCUGCUAUGAUGGAUUAGUUUAUGUUCUAAGAAGUAAGAGUGGAGAAAAACAUUGGGCAUUUACUACUGAAGAUGCUGUCAAAAGCUCGCCAGCCCUGGACCCCACCACAGGCCUCAUCUAUGUCGGGUCUCAUGACCAGCAUGCGUAUGCUCUAGACAUCUAUGAAAAGAAGUGUGUCUGGAAGCUAAACUGUGGCGGGAUGAUCUUCGCUUCUCCAUGUUUGAGCCUGAGGCCACAUCACCUGUACUGUGCUACGCUUCGGGGACUUUUACUGGCUAUAAGUCCUGCUGCUGGGAGCGUCGUUUGGAAGCACUGCUGUGGACAGCCGCUCUUCUCUUCCCCACGGUGCUGCCAGCGGUACGUUUGCGUCGGCUGCGUGGACGGGAGCUUGCUCUGCUUCACUCAUGCAGGAGAGCAGGUGUGGCGCUUCUCUGCGGGAGGACCAGUCUUCUCAUCCCCGUGUAUCCCAGCAUCAGAACGAGAAAUAUUUUUUGGUUCCCAUGAUUGCUUUCUGUACUGCUGUAGCAUGGAAGGUCACCUGCAGUGGAAAUUUGAGACUACCGCGAGGGUGUACGCAACUCCCUUUGCUUUCAGUAGCCAGAGCUGCAGCAGUGAAUCCCUGCUGGCGGCCGCAUCCACCGAUGGGAAGCUGUGGAUCUUGGAGUCUCAGAGUGGCAAGCUGCGAAGUGUGCACGCACUCCCGGGGGAAGUUUUCUCUUCUCCUGUGGUCUGGGAAUCCGUGCUUAUCAUUGGGUGCAGAAAUAAUUACGUUUACUGUCUGGAUUUAUUGUGUAGUGAUAAUCAAGUAUAGUCCUUGUAAGUAUAUAUGUGUGUGUGAGAUGGUUGGAAAUAUUGUAAAGCUAUGUGGAUGGUUUUAUAUUAAAGAUUCUAUUUUGGGUAAGGAAUUUGUCUGCUAUACUUCAAUAGAGAGCAACUAUGUUUAUUUCUUAUAGAAGGAGCAGGAGCUUCUGGGGGGGGUUGAUAAAACACCUGCUAUAGUUUUUUAAAUAAACUUUUAAGAUUUAUUUUAUGUAUAUGAUGCUAUAUCUGCAUGUACACCUAUAUGCCAGAAGAGGGCAUCCGAUCCCAUUAUAGAUGGUUAUGAGCCACCAUGUGGUUGCUGGGAAUUGAACUUAGAGCUUCUGGAAGAGCAGCCAAUGCUCCUAACCAUUGAGCCACCUCUCCAGCCCACACCUGCUGUAUUUUGUAGUACUUUUAAUUAAGUACUACAAAUGUGAUGGUGUGCUGGACAGUUUCAUGUCAAUGUGACACAAGCUAGUCAUUUGAGAGGUGGGAACCUCAACUGAAAAAAAAUGCCUCCAUAAGACUGGGCUGUAGGUGAGCCUCUACAGGAUUUUCUUAAUUGAUUGAUAGGGGAGAGCCCAGCCCAUUGUGAAUGGUGCCACCCUGGACUGUUUCUGGCUUCUUUAGCAGGUUGAUCAAGUCAUGAAGAGCAAGCCAGUAAGCAUCACGCCUCCAUGGCCUCUGCAUCAGCUCCUGCCUGCAGGUUCCUGCCCUGUUUGAGUUCCUGACUUCCUUCAGUGAUGGACUAUGAGACCAGAAGAAUAUGUGGGAGCCUCUGGAGCUGGAGUGAGCCACCAUGUAGAUAGAUGCUAGGAACUGAGCCUGGGUCCUCUGUAUGAGGCAAGAACUCUAAAGGUUUUUAAAGGUCAAAUGCUCAGAGUCCAAGGUGUAGCCUAUGGUAGCCGGCCCUCAGCUGAGGAUGAUGCUGCUGGGCUGUGACCUGGAGUAAAGAGACUGUAAGAUCAUUUUAUCCGAGACUGAGACCACUCACUUCCUACCGGACUUGAGAACUUCCCCUAGUGUGUUGCUCAGACGAGCAACACAACUGAAGCGGAUAACACUUCCUUGGUGCUCAGUGCAGGUUUGGGAGGCUUGGAAAUGUCAUGUUGAGCAUGUGCUUCUUCAGCAAGAAUGACGACCACCUGUUCCUCAGUAGAUUCUUUAAAGACAUCCGUGGGGCAUUUUUAACUACGCUGUAUCUUGUACUGUGUGUGGGCUCAUGGUAUCGAGUCAGUAUGAACGCAUCUACUAGUCUUUAAUUUGUUUUAAGACGGGGUCUCCACUGUGUAGCCUUGGCUGGCCUGGAACACAUCAUGUAGACCAGGCUGACCUUGAACACACAGAGAUCCACCUGUGUCUGCCUCCCAAAAGCUGGGUAAAAGGCAUGCGCCACCAUGCCCAGCCCUAUUCUUCCUUAGCCAUCUUAUUUCUGGUCCUGUUCGCUGCCAUGACUGUGGUACUGGCCAAAGCUGAGAGGAUGGAGGAAGAAGCCAGUUUGGAAGAAUCACUGUGGCACUGUAAGUCUAGAGCUUUGUGUGGGAAGAUUCCCAUUCUAUAACUCUAGGGCUUUGGGUGUUCUAUCAGUGAAGAAAUCAUUGAACUAACAGUUGUCUACACAUAAGAUUUAGAAAUGAAUACCAGUGUGGGAAACGUGCAGUGGAAUAUUAGUUGCUUACAAUAGCGGUAACAACAAAAAAGUUACAUUGAUUCUUAACAGUCGGAAGGUCCAGUAAAUAUAAUACUAAGUCCAACUUGCAAUAGUGCAGCUACCCACUUGACCACACAUGCCAGCUGCUUCAUGAAGCUGAGCCACUGUUUCUAGAGAGAAAAUGGUUUCUAUAUGGUAAACAGCAUCCCUGUCAUCCUGUGGAGCAGACAGAAUGACAGCACAUUGCAUAUUGCGUAAGCACAGAGGAAAAGGAGUGAUGUACGCUAUUAAAAUAUGUUAGUGUGGGAGACCAAAAGGGAGGCAAUCCCUGCACUGGGCUAAGAUCCUACACCUAGAAAAGGAAAUGAUGCCAACACCGGGAAAUACAAAGUGAUCGCCAGCAGUAUGUAGGCAUUUGCUGCUAUGUCUAGUGUCAUGUAAAGCAAAUCUAGAGAAAUAAACAUAAAUACAUGUGGCUUUGA